CAAUCUUUAGCUUCUCUUUCUCUAUGCAUUAUGAUGAUACAAUGUUUCAACAUGGUAUCAGAGCAGGUUUAACCAUAGGAACUCAGAAACGAAUCAUCAUCGUUCAUAAUCCAAAACCAAAACAUUCCUAGCCAAUUCAAAUCAGUUUGUGGAGUAACUCACCGGCGACAGUUUCGAUCGCCAUUCCAAAAAUGAAGAAAGCUUCCAAAACCAGCGGCAGCGGCAAGCCCAAUGCCCCUCACAAAGACCUCCCCAACCUCGCCGCCAAGCCUAAGAAGAAGAAGUCCAAGCAGAAGCCCACCCCUCCCUCGCCGUUAAAGGACGAGAGCGCCGCCGACGAGCCUACCCCGCCGCCUAAGAUCAAGGUCUACCUGCCCAAGCCAAUCAGGGUGUCGUCGGCCUUCUCCCGCAGUAACAGCUACGACAGCUUGGCCUCCAACAGCGACGGCGAGAAGCCCGCCGAGGAGCUCUCCUACAUGCCGCUGCAGUGGCCGCCGAUAUUCGAGCUGGAGGAGGGUGACUACGGGGUGUGCGCUGCCGUGGGAGGCGGCUCCGACGAUUUCCUCGACGGUGGAUUUAUCUUACCGAUUGAUGUCCGAGGAAGAUCCGAGAGAGGAAGAGGAGAAAACUCAACCGGCUACCCGACUACCGGCUCGGCAACUGACGUUGACGGCCGGAAAAACGACAGAACGGAGGCGAGAAGCGCGGCUGCCGGCGUAGACGGCCGAGAUGGCCGAGGACACAACAGCUCGGCGUCAGCCGGCGCCUCUGUCGGUGUAGAUGGCCGAGGACGCAAUAGUUCGACCGCUGCCGGCUUUUCCGCCGGCGUUAAUGGCCGAACAACCGAGAAAAAUGGUGAAGGUGGAACCAAGGGAGAGAAAGAGGUGGAGAGAAUCGGUCAAAGGGAGAAAGAGGCGUGUGGAAUUGGUCAAAAGGAAAAAGAGGCGCAUGAUUUAGGAUAUCAGGACGGGGGAGAUUAUUGGGCGUGGCACUGAGCGGGAUGGAUUGUACUAUGUGGAUGAGAUAGCUCAACAAGGCAAGGUGAUGCUGGCUCACGGAAUUGCUGACCGGGAAGCCUGGCUUUGGCACCGUCGGUUAGGGCAUCCAUCCAUGGGGUAUCUUAAGCUUUUAUUUCCUAAAUUAAUAAAAAAUGGUGAGAAUUUAUCUUGUGAAACUUGUGUUUUAGCUAAAAGCCACCGAAAAUCUUUUAAGCCUAAUGACACACAAGUAAACUCCAUAUUUUCUCUUGUUCAUUCUGAUGUUUGGGGUCCUUCACCCGUGGUAGGGGGACAAGGUUUUAAAUAUUUUCUGUUAUUUAUUGAUGAUUGCACUAGGAUGACAUGGGUAUAUUUUUUAAAACACAAAUCUGAAGUUUUUGAAAAAUUUACUCAUUUCCAUACUAUGGUUCAAACUCAGUUUCAGAAAAACAUCCAAACCCUUAGAACUGAUAAUGGAGGGGAAUUUGUUAAUAAUUCCAUGAAAAUAUUUUGUCAAACAAAAGGGAUUAUUCAUCAAACUACUUGCCCCCACACUCCUGAACAAAACGGAGUUGCCGAAAGAAAAAACCGAAUUUUACUUGAAAUGACUCGUUCUAUGAUGAUUGAGUCUCAUGUUCCCUCCUCAUUUUGGCC